UCCAAAGAGAUGCCAAAAACCGCGCCGUAAGAGGAAAAUAUGAUUAUUGAAUGUAACCGUUAACUACAAAAAGUAUAACGGUACCGUAGUAAUUAUAAAUAAUACUUGUGCUCUUUUCAUGUAAAAUUCUGGAAUUUGCGUGCAGCAACAGUUUGUUAGUGACAGGUUGCGCAUGAGCCCACCUGCCGGAGAAACUGUGACGACGGUGGAUCAAUAUGAAUCUCCUGAACCUGACAAUAUAGUGGACGAUAUCCUUUGAUAGAGACCUGCAAUAUUAUGCCUAUUCUUCGACAGCGAGGUAACGCCUAAACGUCUCCGUAGACUCAUUGUAGUGCAAUAAACAACUUUCUCUUAAAAAAAAAAAGCUCACUAUAAUGAAUGACGAGAAUUAUGCGCAAUCGGAGGUGGAAAGGGAAAAGCUCCCUCCAAUAUGCCAUACGUCACCAACUAUGGAUUUGGGGCGUGGUGCGAAACAGCCCUUUCCCUCCCUCAGCACGUUCAUCUCCUCCCUUAACCAGCGGAGGGAGACGGGAGGACGGUUCAGCAUGGCCACAAACCAGUGUCUACCAGGUGGACGACAUGGGAGGGAGCUACCUCCUAUUUGCAGUGAUGUGAGGCAGAAACAGAGGAUCUCCAUCGACACACUUCCCCCCGAGGUGAAGGCCCCGUUCCCCUCUGAACCUGUCAUCCCCCUCCGCACUAAGACCAUCAAAGAGUUCCAGGAAGACAUGGAGCGAGCCACAACCUCAGGGGACUGGAGGGAUGUGAGGGAUUUCUACCUUACCACCUUUGACUCCUUUCUAGAGAUCAAUGCUGCCUUCAAGAGAGAAGCUAAUGCCCCAUUUAACACAAUCGAGGAUUCUGGAGUCAACUCAACAUUUUUGAAUGCUGUUUAUGAUGCUUUACUCUGCACACCCCAAGACAUCCAGAAAUCAGUGUUGAAGGGAAUCAUUAACAGCCUAUUAAGAGAAUGGAAAGGUCCCAGAACGAAAGAUGACCUGAGGGCAUACUUCAUCUUAGUUCAGAACCCUCAGUAUUCCAGCACCAGUACCUAUGUGAUCUAUGCCCACCUACUGAGACAGAUAGCUGCCCUGUCCGAGGCUGACCACCAUUUCCUAGUGCACUGGUUUAAAAAACUGUCUCCAAGGCGUUUCAGGCAGCUGGUGGAGCGUUUUCUUCACUUCAUCUCCACUCGUCUGUUACCUGCUCCUCCUGAUGAACUGCCCCCUCUGACCAGGUGCUCCUGGUGGAUCCCUGCUGCCACCAAGGUCCUCGCCCUCUUCAAUGCAGCUAACAGCAUAUCCACGCCUCCUAUCAUGUCCUUCACGGACUUCUACAACAUCACCUUGGACCACAUCGACAUCAUGGAGCAGUACCGCACCUGGCAGAGCCACGGCAACUCCAACAAGUUCUCUUUCUGCCAGUUCCCAUUUAUCCUGUCAACGGUGGUGAAGAAAGCCAUCAUCCAGAGAGACUCAGAACAGCAGAUGAUAAGCAUGGCCAGACAAAGCCUGGUGAACAAGGUCUCUCGCAGGCAGAGAGUGGACAUGAACCUGUUGUUCCUCAACAUCAAGGUACGACGGGCCCAGCUACUCAGCGACUCAUUGGAUGAGCUGAGCAGGAAGAGAGCAGACCUGAAGAAAAAGCUCAAGGUCACUUUCGUAGGAGAGGCGGGGCUCGACAUGGGCGGCCUCACCAAGGAGUGGUUCCUGCUGCUGGUUCGACAGAUUUUCCACACUGACUAUGGCAUGUUCACCUACUUGAAGGAUUCCGGUUGUCAUUGGUUCAGCAGCUGGAAAUGUGACAACUACUCAGAGUUUCAAUUGGUCGGGACUCUCAUGGGUCUCGCUGUGUACAACAGCAUUGCUCUGGACAUCCACUUCCCUCCUUACUGUUACAAGAAGCUCUUGACUCCACCCAUUGUGCCAUGUGACCAGAAUACUCCCAUCGGCAUGACAACCGCCACCCUGGGCGACCUGCAGCAGGUCAUGCCGGAUCUAGCUCAUGGGCUUGGAGAGCUGCUCUGCUAUGAGGGCAAUGUGGAAGAAGACUUCUAUCUGACCUUCCAGGUUUUCCAAGAGGAGCUCGGGGUGGUCAGGUCCUAUAACCUGAAACCUGGAGGUGACAAGAUUCCAGUCAACAAACAGAACAGAAAGGAGUAUGUUCAGCUGUACACUGGUUUCCUGCUUAAUAAGUCAAUUUACAAGCAGUUUGCAGCCUUCUAUCGUGGCUUCCACAGUGUGUGUGCGUCAGACGCUCUGAUGCUGCUGAGGCCAGAGGAGGUGGAGAUGCUAGUGUGUGGGAGUCCAGAGCUGGACAUGAGCGCCCUACAGAGAGCAGCUCAGUACGAGGGCUACAGCAAAGCUGACCUCACAGUACGCUGUUUUUGGGACGUGGUGCUGGCUUUCCCCUUGGAGUUGCAGAAGAAGCUGCUCCACUUCGCCACAGGAAGUGACCGUGUCCCCGUGGGAGGGUUGGCCGACCUCAACUUCAAGAUCGCCAAGAUCGACGUGUCCACUGACUGGUUACCCAUAUCUCACACCUGCUUCAACCAGAUCUGCCUCCCACCUUAUAAAAGCAGGAAGGAACUGAAGCAGAAGUUAACCAUCGCCAUCUCAAACGCAGAGGGCUUUGGCUUAGAGUGACUCAGUCUACAGCUAUGAGAUUCACAGUAAGACGAGAGUAGGUGAUUCCUUUCCAAAUGUACUUUAGAAUUACAUUCCUUCAAAAAUAGAAUUUGAUAUAGACUACAUGACCAAAAGUAUGUGGACACCUACUCAUCGAACAACUCAUUCCAAA